UUAGUCUGCAGCUUUGUGGUUCAUCGACGAUGCCACGAAUUUGUGACCUUCGAGUGUCCAGGCGCUGGGAAGGGCCCCCAGACGGACGACCCCCGGAACAAGCACAAGUUCCGCCUGCAUAGCUACAGCAGCCCUACCUUCUGCGACCACUGUGGCUCCCUCCUGUACGGGCUUGUGCACCAGGGCAUGAAAUGCUCCUUUGGCGAGGCCCGUAACCUUAUUCCUAUGGACCCCAAUGGUCUCUCUGAUCCCUAUGUGAAACUGAAGCUCAUCCCAGACCCUCGGAACCUGACGAAACAGAAAACCCGAACGGUGAAAGCCACGCUAAAUCCUGUGUGGAAUGAGACCUUUGUGUUCAACCUGAAGCCUGGGGAUGUGGAGCGCCGGCUCAGCGUGGAGGUGUGGGACUGGGACCGGACCUCCCGCAACGACUUCAUGGGUGCCAUGUCCUUUGGUGUCUCAGAGCUGCUCAAGGCACCAGUGGAUGGCUGGUACAAGUUACUGAACCAGGAGGAGGGCGAGUAUUACAAUGUGCCGGUGGCCGAUGCUGACAACUGCAGCCUCCUCCAGAAGUUUGAGCGGGUGCGGAUGGGCCCCUCUUCCUCUCCCAUCCCCUCCCCUUCCCCUAGUCCCACCGACCCCAAGCGCUGCUUCUUCGGGGCAAGCCCAGGACGUCUGCACAUCUCUGACUUCAGCUUCCUCAUGGUUCUAGGAAAAGGCAGUUUUGGGAAGGUGAUGCUGGCCGAGCGCAGGGGCUCUGAUGAGCUCUACGCCAUCAAAAUCCUGAAAAAGGACGUGAUCGUCCAGGACGACGACGUGGACUGCACGCUGGUGGAGAAACGCGUGCUGGCGCUUGGGGGCCGGGGUCCUGGCGGCCGGCCCCACUUCCUCACCCAACUCCACUCCACCUUCCAGACCCCGGACCGCCUGUAUUUCGUGAUGGAGUACGUCACGGGGGGAGACUUGAUGUACCACAUUCAACAACUGGGCAAGUUUAAGGAGCCCCAUGCAGCGUUCUACGCAGCAGAAAUCGCCAUCGGCCUCUUCUUCCUUCACAAUCAGGGCAUCAUCUACAGGGACCUGAAGCUGGACAAUGUGAUGCUGGAUGCUGAGGGACACAUCAAGAUCACUGACUUCGGCAUGUGUAAGGAGAACGUCUUCCCCGGGACGACAACCCGCACCUUCUGCGGGACCCCGGACUACAUAGCCCCGGAGCCUCCCUUCGAUGGGGAGGAUGAAGAGGAGCUGUUUCAGGCCAUCAUGGAACAAACUGUCACCUACCCCAAGUCGCUUUCCCGAGAAGCCGUGGCCAUCUGCAAGGGGUUCCUGACCAAGCACCCAGGGAAGCGCCUGGGCUCAGGGCCUGAUGGGGAACCUACCAUCCGUGCACAUGGCUUUUUCCGCUGGAUUGACUGGGAACGGCUGGAACGAUUGGAGAUCCCACCUCCUUUCAGACCCCGCCCGUGUGGCCGCAGCGGCGAGAACUUUGACAAGUUCUUCACGCGGGCGGCGCCAGCGCUGACCCCUCCAGACCGCCUAGUCCUGGCCAGCAUCGACCAGGCCGAUUUCCAGGGCUUUACCUACGUGAACCCCGACUUCGUGCAUCCGGAUGCCCGCAGCCCCACCAGCCCAGUGCCUGUGCCCGUCAUAUCCUGCACCCCAGCAUUCCGGCUCUGCCCCCGCGGGUUCGAGACGCCCCUCCCGAGCGUUCCUGGCCUUCUAAACUCCAUACAGCCUCUACAGCCGUCCCGCGUUCAAGACUUGAGCGGAGCCCGAUAUUCUCCCCGACCUUAGCAUUCUGGACUCUGCCCCAAUCGGGUCCAGAGACACCACCACACCACUAACCAUCCCCAACUCCAUGGGGUUCGAGACUCCAUCUUGGUAGUUCUAUGCCUCCCCCCAGACCCCGCCCCUGGGGAAAUAGCCUCACGGGGUUGGCUGUUCCAGACUCAGGUUCCAGAACAACCCUCAGCCUCCGAGGCCCGCCCCCCACCGCCUCCACUCCAGUUCUAGAUGAGUGGGAGGCAUGCCCCCCUCCUCCAGUACGUCCCGCUGCUGUGCUCUGGGGAUUUCUGGGAUAUAUGGAGGAUUCUUCCCCCAGCGGCUCCCAAUCAGCUUUUGUUCUAGACUUCCCCAUCCCGAAGCCAUCACUGCUCCCCGCAGCCUGCCUGCCGUGCAUGGCUCCUGUCUGGCUCGGACCCACCCCAACCCUCCCCAGUGCCUGCCACUCUCUGGGACUCUCCUCCUCCCCUCCUCUUCCCUUAGCCUCUCCCAGCCCGCCACAGCUGCUGGAGAAUAAAUUUGGGAUGCUGA